GGUCUGGAGGGGUCGAAACCGGAGAGAGAAAUCCCAAAAAUGACAUCUCGGCUGCGGUGGAGCAGGGAACGACUGAGACCCUGAGGAAAGAAAGAAGUCAGAGCGAGAUCUCAUCUGGGGAUCUUACCCCAAAACAAAAGACGCACCAGAAAGGCGCAGACCAUUACGCACGGUCUCCCCGUGGAUGCCUCUGCUUCAGCGCGGACUUUUAUUGUCUCUUUGGAAAUGUAGUUGCAUUCUUGAGAAAAUCUCCAGAGGACAGUUGUUCUGACUAGUUGAUGAGAGAAGUGAGAGGAGCUGCGCCUCCGUUUCCUGUGUUCCGCUGCAGCAGCUGGGCUGGAGAAGCCCCGCAGCGCUGACCGAAGAGCGGUCCUCGUUCCCCGCUGCAAACCACAUCCACUCCGCUGCCAGUCCUCCGCCAAAGUCAGUGGAAGAAGACGAAAAUGUGCGACCUGAUGCCAGCCUCCCAGCCCGCGGAGAAAAUCGGCAAAAUGAAAAAGUUGAGGAGAACUUUGUCCGAGAGUUUCAGGAGCAUUGCUUUCAAGAAAGAAGACAGCGGCUUUGAUGAGAUAUGUGUCACAAAGAUGUCCACACGCAGCUGCCAGGGAACAGACUCGGUCAUCAAGCCCCUGGACACCAUCCCUGAGGACAAGAAGGUGAGAGUUCAGCGCACGCAGAGCGGCUUCGACCCGUUCGAGAAGCCUGCCAGUCAGGUGAAGAGGGUCCACUCCGAGAACAAUGCCUGCAUCAACGCCAAGAGUUCCUCUGCCGGCAAGGAGUCCCCCAAACUGCGCCGACACUCCAGCCCCAGUUCUCCCACAAGCCCCAAGUUUGGGAAGGCAGAUUCCUAUGAAAAGCUGGAGAAGCUGGGAGAGGGAUCAUAUGCCACAGUGUACAAGGGGAAGAGCAAGGUGAACGGCAAACUGGUGGCUCUGAAGGUGAUUCGUCUACAAGAGGAGGAGGGAACGCCCUUCACAGCCAUAAGAGAAGCGUCUCUUCUAAAAGGCCUGAAGCAUUCAAACAUCGUGCUCCUCCAUGACAUCAUCCACACCAAGGAAACCCUGACUCUGGUCUUUGAGUAUGUGCACACAGACCUGUGUCAGUACAUGGACAAACACCCUGGGGGUCUCCAUCCAGACAAUGUGAAGCUGUUCCUGUUCCAGUUACUCAGAGGCCUGUCCUACAUUCACCAGAGGUACAUCCUGCACCGCGACCUGAAACCACAGAACCUGCUCAUCAGCGACACCGGAGAGCUCAAACUUGCUGACUUUGGCCUGGCCAGAGCCAAGUCGGUCCCCAGCCACACCUACUCCAACGAGGUUGUGACUCUGUGGUAUCGGCCUCCAGAUGUCCUGCUGGGAUCCACAGACUACUCCACCUGCCUGGACAUGUGGGGAGUGGGCUGCAUUUUCAUUGAGAUGAUCCAAGGAGUGGCUGCCUUUCCGGGGAUGAAGGACAUCCAGGACCAGCUGGAAAGGAUAUUCUUGGUCCUUGGUACUCCAUCUGAGGACACCUGGCCAAGUGUUAGCUCCUUGCCUCACUUCAAACCAGAUCGCUUUACAGUGUACAGUGCUAAGAAGCUCAGACAAGCGUGGAAUAAGUUGGGUUACGUGGACCAUGCUGAGGAGUUGGCCUCCAGAUUCCUCCAGUGCUUCCCAAAGAACCGCCUGUCAGCCCAGGCAGCGUUGAACCACGAAUACUUCAGUAACCUUCCACCACGGCUCUGGGAGCUGCAGGACAUGUCUUCUAUCUUCACUGUACCAAAUGUCAAGCUGCAGACAGAGAGCGGGGACAGCAUACAGGUGUGUGCACGGAGGAACAGUCAUGGAAAAGCAUCCUCUGGCAGCAAACACUGACCUGAGGCAGUAUCCUGCACAUGACUGCCUGACAGGUUGCUGGUUUAAAAACACCGGAAGAUGCUGAGAUCGAGGAUCCAGAUGAAUGAAAGAGCCCCAGUUCUCUUUAUUUAUUACCUUCACAAUGUGUGUGUGUGUUUGUAUGUUUGUGUGUGUGAGAGAGCGAGAGAGACAGAGAGAGAGAAAGAAGGAAAUUGAGAAGAUAUGAAUGCAUGAUUGCAUUAUGAACGGUAAGAUUUCAGUCUAUCAUUUGCAAAUUUUGUUUACUUUUUAUAAGGCUCCAAUAACUCAUAUAUCAUUGUCACAGUAUAAGCACAUGGUACAUAUUGUGUUUUGUGUUUGUAACUAGCCUCCUAUUUAAGAAUGUAUAUUUGUACGUAUGAUAUACUCAUCUAGAAACUAUACAAUGGACAGUUUUAAUAUUGUUUCAUCUCCUCACCAUUAAACCGCUCUGCCAGGACACAAAACAUGACAAACACAUAUCAGAGACAUGCAUAUGAGCAAAAAUGAAUCUUGAAAAAACAUUUCAUAGAUUGAAAGAAAAUUGUUUGGUUUCCUCUUUUCUAAUCUAAUCUCUAAUGAGUGGAAAAGCUGGAGUUAAAAUAAUAGUGGAGGGCUCUCCGGUGGUGGAACACAUCCUCUGGCAGCCAUAUUGGAGGUCCAUGGUUCUUUGAUACCUGAAAGCAGCUGUAAAUGUAUAACUUGGUUACCCAGCAGUUGUGACAUGGGUGAUUUGCAUCUGCUUUUAAGGUUGAACUUGUGUUUUAAAGACUGCUUCAUGUGGCUGAUUGAUUUUUUCAUGAACAAAAUGCUAGAUAAGCAAGCUAACUGUGGGAUUUGUCAGGUCAUCGUUUUAGUAUCACUCAGAUUUAAACGCUAACAUGCACAUCUAGUAGUCGUAAAAAAGUUAGUUGUAGGAAUCUUCAGCUAUUUCUCUGUCCUUAUUUACCAAGCUGAGUGGAUCAAGGUCUCAUAUCUGGAUAGUUAAUGCAUUUUUACAGUCUUCAUCGUUUUCACCAUUGUUCUCAUCAGUUUUGAAAAUGCUGAGAUUGAGGUGCUGGACUAAAAAGUGGGUGUAGACAGGUCAAAUUUAAGUUAAGUUUAAGUACCUUACAAUGGACAAUUUGAUCAUGUGGAUUUAUUAUUUCUCAAUAUGAAUCGAUAAUGGUACUAAAAUGUUGUCUUAAUCGAUCAGAAUCAAAGGACACAAGUGAGAACCUGCUUGUAAAAACAUAAGUAAUACAAUUUCUCCUUUAAAUUUCCAAUGGACCUCCAUGAUAGAACCGCAUCUGGCUGAUAUGAGUUUUGUGUUGCAACUGAAAAGCCGCUCCAACAUUAAUGCUCUCUGGAGGAGAUGUUGAUGGUGCACACAUAACAGGGACUGCACCAACCUAUAUAUGUAAGAAUAUAGGCUAUAGACGCAAUACCGUAAUGGACAACAGCUGCAAGUGUGUGCGUCUGAUAGAGACGCGUGUGUGUGUGUUUGUGUGUGUCCUUGUGAGUGUAUUAAACAUGGGCAAUAGCAAAGCAUUGGUGCUUCCAUCCAUGUAAAUGAGCUAAUGUACAAACUGUAAAACACCAAGGCAAUAGGCUGUGCGGCACGUUGUUUGAUUUGGCCCACGACAAUCCUCCCCUUCACUUUAUGUGAUACCAUCAAAAGAUCUGCAAUAUUCUGCCAGAAACAGACGAUCUUUGUCAAUAACUGCAACCCUUCGUCCAGCUCAUGAGUAAAUGUUAUAUUGAACUGGUGCUUUACUGAUAAAUUAGGCAAAUGCACGGGUGAGCGCUAUCGGUGGUGUGUAUGUGCAGUAUGGGUAGUGAGUAACUUUGAUCAGUCCCUCCAUCACCAACAUGUGCUCCCAUGCAGGGUGUUCCCCCAUAUGUGUGCCCCUCAACAUCCAUCAUCUUCUCAGUGUUUUUAAACUUUUUAUGGCGCUACAAUGAAGGUCUAACCUUGUGUCAUCUACAAAGAUGUUUAUACUGUUUCUGAUCUUUCUUUUGCUGUUUUGUGUGAAUAUAUCUGAAUAUUACAGCUUAGACAUAUGGUAAUAAUUGUGAAGUACUAUCAAUUCAAUGGCUUCCUCUUUAUCAAUCAGAUUGAUAUUGACUGAAACACCAAUAUUGGCCCUACGCUGCUGAUUAGGUGGAGAGAUGAGGCUGCAAAUGGGAGGCAAUGGAGAAUUGGAAACUGUGGAUACUUGUCAUGUCACUCCAUGUCCUCUUAAAUACACAUGUGUACGCAUGCACGCACACACACACACACACACACACACAAACACACACUAUUAUAAUAUAGAUGUCUUGCCUGCUUGGAUAAACUACCUUCACCUACAUUGUCCUAUCAGCUACAGUACAGUAUAACCCCCCCUCCCCCACAACCCCCCUCCCCCCUCCAGCUGGUAUUGGUUUUGCAAGUUGUCACAUUAAGGGUUAGGGUUCCGAUUUUAACUUGUCCGUCUCAACACAUCACAUAAUUCCAUCCCUCUUCUUCUGUGAUAUAGAGAUGUGAAAUCUACAAGCCUAGGUCUGUGCCAAAAUACAUUCCAAAGUUCAGCUGUAGCUAAGAUGAGGCUCCAGCAGUCUGAGUUUGUUGAAUAGAACUGUUACUCACCUGUGUAUAAGUUGAAUUGGAAUGUAUGAGGUGCUGUGAUGGGGUGCCCAUGUUGUUCUGUUGCAGGGGCUGAGAGCAGGCAGUCAUAUUAGCUUUAAAAAACUGAACUGUGAUAAGAUGUUCUUUGUUUCCUCUCUGCCCUGUGGUGUCUUAAAUAACUUGAUCUGAUUUUAAAUUCUCAUGCUACUGCUUAUUUGGUAACAUCUGAGUGGCACACAGUAACUAAAUUACUACAUGAAAGAAACAUAAAUGUCAUACUUCCAUCGUACUUUCCUCAUGCUUUUCCAGAGUUUGGGGUGGAAUCAACAGCACCGCACUGAAGAGUUGUUACCACCAACUGUCCUUGAUCUGGUUUGAACUCUGGUUGUGCUGAUUUUCAAAAUAACCAUAGGAUGAAAACGUGGCUACUGAAUAUUAAAUUUGACUAAUCUUUUGAAUGCAUUUGUCACAGAACAAGGACUGUGGAUUUUGUCCUCUAUCCUAACUCUUACCCUGAGUAACUUAUCUUUUAAAGUAGGAAAAGCAAAGAUAAACAAUUGGAGUUUUAAAGCGCAUAUUAUCAUAAAUGUGGGCCAGUCCAGCUUAUUUUUUUUACCACAGAGAGCAGCGGCUUUGGGGCAAAAAUGAAUAAUUAUGGGAUAAAUUCUCCCCAAUAGUGUUUUGAAAAUGCACUUUAAAGAUAAAUCACUUAGCCCUUACAUUCCAGCCUGUAUGUCACUUUUAUGCACUUCCUUUGCCCUUAAUAAUAAAAUUAUAUAUAUAUAUACUUUUUCCUGGUCUCAAAUAUUUGAAGCCCACUGUAUAUACAACAUAUAUACACCCUUUGCUUCGCCUGAGGCAGACUUAACCAGCCCCUCUCCAGUUUUGAACCUUUACCACAGAUUGAGGAGAGCUUGUAGAAAUGCUGUUCUUGAACUUAUCUCGUGGAUUUCCAUUGUCGUCCCCAGGCUGUGAUUGUGCAGCGCAAAAAAAGGGGUGGGGGAGGAGAGGUGGUGGGUAAUGCCAGUAAAGCAGCGUGACAGUACACACUGAAAACCAUCGAACUGUACCCAGCCUUACGUGGCUUUAAGGGAUUGCAGACAGUAUUAGCAACUGAAUAAUUAUUUUUGGUGCGCCCCCAACAACCCCCCAAUGACACUCUUACUUCUGUGGAGCUUUGGCAGCCUGCAGUCUUGUGUAAAACUUUGGAUUCCUGAGUGGGCAGAGUUCCUGAAGGCACUCUGUUCAAACUUAAAUGCUCCUCAUGUAUUUCAGAUAAAGUCCAGCGAAGGGAAAGACUGUGUGACAUUGCACAUUUAGCACUGUGAGAUGAGACAUUAGAAAAUCAAUACAAAUGUCGAAGGUGGAGAUUAAAGAAGCAAUGACACACUGAAGUGAAACAGAGAUGCUUCCAUCAUGUUUGUAUACAGGGUUGCAAAUGUCCUCUUACUGCUAUCAAAGAGAAGUCGUAUAUGGAUAUACAUAUAUGAUGAAUAUAAAUAUGAGAUAUUUUUGGCAUCCUUUAUCAUGUGGAUACAAGUGGCGUUGGUUCGGUUGAAAAAAAUCCAGCGUUCGUCCUCGCUGUGCUGAACAAUGAAUUUAUGUUUUAACAAAGCUUCUCUCACUUUUAAUUUUUCUUCUUGUAUGCUGCACUGAAAAAUACACCAUUUUGACAUGUGGUUUGGAAAACAGAAGUGACAGUCACUUCAUCAACUGAAACAAUAUAUUAUACAGUAGAAUAGCUGUUGCAUUAUUUGGUACAACCUGUAUGUAAUGUUAUUAUGGAAGAUGUAAUGUCCUUCUGUAAAUGUUGUUUAAUGUUGU